CCACCUGAAGCCUAAAAUUCUACUGAAAAUGUCCAAACCCUGGUAGAUUGAAGGGGCCUCUCUUCCUGAGCUUCCUAAGGUCUGGUCAAACCACUCACCUAACUUGACUCGCCCUACAACAUUUGGCAUCAGCGCCACCUCCCGUCAACGGUGGCAGGAAAGUGAAAGUCCGGUUAGAAUUUGGUUCCCGCUAAAGGCCGGGAAAGAAUGAGCAGACGGCCAUCUUUGUUAGGGGCAGACGCCGCGGCUACGGAGAGCGAGUGAAGCCACGAAACUUCCGGCUGCAAGCUGGUGAGUCGAGGCGCCCGCGGGUGUGGAGUGCCGCGGGAUGUGGGGAGGUGGCGGGCGUUAGGUUCGUUUGGGACUCGCCGUGCCAUGGCCCGGGCGCCCCGCUCCGGUGGCUUUCUGCCUCCCCUCUCUAACGUACCCCCGUCGUGGGCGCAUCCCGUGGGUGCUGGGAAUGAGCGGGGCGAGGGGAGUCGCGGAGGGCCGGGGCUGCGGGCUGCGGAGAGCGUCCCGCGCCCGGACUCCGACAGACAACCGUGGGAGCCCGCAUCGGCGAGCGGCCCGAUGCCCUUCGCUCUGCAGCGGCUCCGGACCGCAUUGCUCCGUCUGCACCGCGAGCGGGAGCAGCUUCUGCGGGCCCGGGACUUUGCCCGCCACCUGCAGGCGGUCGUGAGGCUGCUCCGCUCCAGCUCGUCGGCCGGCGCCCUCUCCCAGCAGCAGCUGCAUCGCGACCUGCAGCUGUGCCCUUCGCGUGGGUCGGCUCUGCGCCUCGGCCGCCGGGACCCCACGGAGACGCUUCUACUGGCUCGCCCCGUCGGGCUAGCAGCCCAGCGUCUGGAUGCUGCCAUCGAGAUGCAGCUUCGCGCCCUAGGCCGGGCACCCGCCAGCCUGGGCCUGACGUCCCAGCUAGCGGAACUGUUGCUGGUCCUUCCCUUCUACCACAAGCUACAGGGACAAGCCGUGAGCUGCGUCCCUGGGGCGGCGCGCCCGUUCCCCGCGGCCCGUGUGCUCCACCUCCUGGCUGCAGAGCGGGGUUGUCAGGUGGCACAUAGGCUGGCCGAGGCCCUUGGCGGAUCGGGCUUGCAAGACCAACUCCGUCGGCAGUGCGACGAAGAGCGAGAGCUGCUGCCAGGGCUGCUGGGUCUAAUAGGGGGUGUGGCUAGCACCGACAGCGGUGGACUGAGGCUUGGAGGGCCUGGAGCCCUGUGGAGCCAGUACUGGACCUUGCUGUGGGCAGCCUGUGCUCAGAGUCUGGACCUAAGCGUGGGACCCUGGGGGGACCCCAGAGCAGUGGCACGACAGUUGCGUCAGGCAUUGUGUCAAGCAUCCCUGCCUCAGGAGUGUGAGAAGGAGCUGCUGUCUUGGUGUGACAUCCUACUUCAUCAGUCUCUUACCUGGAGCUGGGACCAAGGGUUCUGCCAGGCCUUGGGGUCGUCCCUGACGGGUCAGAGCAGCCCUGCUCUACUAUCUCCUACUGCCGAGCUGUUGCAGCGGCUUUUCCCUCCACUUUUGGACGCCCUUCGAGAGCCGAGGUCAGAACUUCACCUGUGUCUGCCUCCAAGUCCUGCGCCUGUUGCUCUGGGGCUCUGUACCCUGCAGACCACCUUGCUCUGGUUCUUGAGCAGAGCUCAGCAGUACCUGGCAGCAUGGACCCCCAGUUCCUUCCUGCUCCUGACCCAAAGGGAUUUGCCUCCUCUACUGCAUGCAGUGGAGGAGCUGUCCAGCCUGGCCUCAGAGGCAACCCUAACCCUGGAGGUGGAGCAGAAGCUGGGCCUGGAGAUCCAGAAGCUGGCUGCAGAGAUGCAGGUGAGAGCACAGGUGCAGGGGAGAGCACAGGUGCAGGGGAGAGCACAGGUGCAGAAGGAAGAGCACAGGUGCAGGAGAGAGAGCACAGGUGCAGGAGAGAGAGCACAGGUGCAGGAGGGAGAGCACAGGUGCAGGAGAGAGAGCACAGGUAGUCUCACAACCUGCCCUUUCUCUUCUCUCUCUCCAGAACAUCCCCGGGCUCCUAGUGAGUAUGCAGGGAUGGUGGUCUGCACCGUGCUGGAGCCUGUGUUACAAGGACUGCAGGGACUGCCACCCGAAGCCCAAGCCCCUCCCCUCGGCCAGGCACUGACAGCCGUCCUGGGUGCCUGGCUUGACCACAUCCUCACCCAUGGGAUCCGGUUCAGCCUGCAGGGGGCGCUGCAGCUCAAACAAGACUUCGGAGUCAUCAGGGAGGUUCUGGAACAGGAGCAGUGGGGCCUGUCCCGGGAGCUUCGCCAGACUCUGCUCUCACUCAGCAUCUUCCAGCGGCUAGAUGGAGCCCUGCUGUGUCUCCUGCAGCAGCCCCUGCCCAAGAAUCCAGUCCACAGAAGGACUCGCUGUUGCUGUUUUUGUAAUGACGUCCAGACCACUGAACUCCCCACCAGCAACCUCAACAGCCUGGAAAGCUUGGCACCCCCUCUACGGCCUGGAGUCUCCCCAGCCCAGAACAUGCACCUGCUAAGCACCCUGGGAGGAGGAGGAGGACCUAGUCCUGAGGCUUACCUGGCUGGAAACCAGCAAGCCUGGCUUGCCCUGAGGCUGCACCAGCACCCUCGUUGGCACCUGCCCUUUCUUUCCUGCCUGGGGACGAGUCCUGAGCCCUAAG